AAGGAGACGCUACUGUUUUCAUUAUAUACUUACUACUCUUCUGCCUCUUCUACUGCACCACCACCACCACCAUCACCACCACCACUAUGGCCUCAUCCAACAAGCACUGGACGAGCAUGUUCAAGUCCAAGCCCUGCAUCAACCAAUGGCAGCAUGAUCACAUCAUUCACCAGAAAAAUCUAGGCUGUGAGGAGAGGAGCCCCGAUCCGAAGCCAAGGUGGAACCCGAAGCCGGAGCAAAUCCGGAUCCUGGAUGCCAUCUUCAACUCCGGCAUGGUGAACCCCAGCCGCGAUGAGAUCCGCAAGAUCCGACUUCAGCUCCAGGAGUUCGGACCCGUCGGCGACGCCAACGUCUUCUACUGGUUCCAGAACCGCAAGUCCCGCUCCAAGAACAAGCACGGAAACCGCAACCACCUCAGCCCGGCAGCCGCCCGCCGCACACCGAAACCAUCCCCCACCGGCUCCUCUUCCUCCUCCUCCUCCUCCUCAGCCCAGUCCGCCGACUCCGGCAACAAAACCCUACCCCUCCCGACUAGAUUCCAGCACUUCUCUCCCCGGCUGCCGCCGACGACCUUACUCCCAAAGCAGAUGAACUCACUCGCGGAGCCGGCGUAUCAAGAUAUGAACACCGGAAUCAUCAGCUCCGACGGCCUUUACGAUCCUGAGACGCCGAUGCAGCUACUCAUGAAACCAGAUCAUGAUGAUCACCAAGAGUACAAGUUGAAGAUGCAAUAUUUACAGCAUCUUUAUGCAGCAGCGGCAGCUGCUGCCGCUGCUGCUGCUGUUCCAACUUCUAGUGCUGCCACUGUAGGCAGCUGCGUUAAUGGUAGCCCUAUCAGCGACAUACAAGAGUUGAUGGGGGAAAUUGGAGAUGGUAUAUUUGAUGCCGGAGCAGCCGCCUGCGCCCGAUCAACGGUGAUCACCAGCGAGGCGGCGUAUGAGGUCGCGGCUGGCCGGAUAAAUAUACGGCAACUGUUCGGGCCGGAAGCCAUCCUUCUCGAUCAAUCCGGCCAACCUGUGCUCACUGAUGAGUGGGGAGUCACCCUCUAUCCUCUCCAACAUGGAGCUUCUUAUUACCUGGUUUAA